CAGACGCAAAGUCAACCUGGUCGGGAAUUUUUUUACAUUUAUUCUUCUCUUUUUCACCAUCGGUAAGAAAGAAGCAUCUUUUUGCAGACAAGCCAAUAUGCAAAUUUUCGUCAAGACCUUAACCGGUAAGACUAUUACCCUCGAGGUUGAAUCCUCGGACACUAUUGACAAUGUCAAGUCCAAGAUCCAAGACAAGGAAGGAAUUCCACCUGACCAACAAAGAUUGAUCUUUGCUGGUAAGCAAUUGGAAGAUGGCAGAACUCUUUCUGACUACAACAUCCAAAAGGAAUCUACCUUGCACUUGGUCUUAAGAUUGAGAGGUGGUGGUAAGAAGAGAAAGAAGAAGGUCUACACUACCCCAAAGAAGAUCAAGCACAAGCACAGAAAGAACAAGUUGGCUGUCUUGAACUACUACAAGGUUGACAACGACGGAAAGGUCGAAAGAUUGAGAAGAGAAUGUCCUCAAGCUACCUGUGGUGCCGGUGUCUUCAUGGCUAACAUGAAGGACAGAAAGUACUGUGGUAAGUGUCACAUCACCUUCAAGGCUACUUAAAUGUUUAGUAUAUAAUAUUUAUAUUGAAUAAUGACA